GUAAAAAUAAUUAACGAUUUAUAUUAAUUCUUAAUAAAUGAAUGAUUUAUAUUAAAGGAAAGUGAAAACAAGGUUGCAAUACAUACGUACUGCAACCAUUCGCCCAUUAUUAAAUGAGUCAUAUCCACUUCCUGAAACGAAAGAGUGUACGAAGAUCAGAAGACGACGAAGACGAUGUGCACGUUAGAGAAGCGCGGUAACAUCUUCGUCCUAACCCUCAUCGGCGAAGAUGAGCACCGCUUAAACCCCAAACUCAUCAAGCAGAUCCUUUCGGCUCUCCGCCAAGUCCGCGCGGAAUCAACCCGCGGCACCGCACUGGUCACCAAAAGCGAGGGCAAGUUCUUCUCCAACGGCUUCGAUCUGGCAUGGGCUGCAGCCGCCGGCAACGAAUCCGCCUCCCGCAUGGUCGAUCUCUUCCAACAACUCGUUGCGGAACUGAUUUCUUUUCCAUUGCCGACCAUAGCCGCCGUGAUCGGCCACGCCGCCGCCGCCGGGUUCAUACUGGCUCUGAGCCACGACUACGUGCUGAUGAGGAGAGACAGGGGAGUGAUCUACAUGAGCGAGCUCGAUAUUGGACUCACCUUCGCUGAUUACUUCAUGGCGUUGAUGAGGUCGAAGAUCAAUUCGCCGAUCGCCCGACGAAAAGUGGCUUUGGCAGCUGCGAAGGUGAAGGCGGACGAGGCGGUGAAGAUGGGGAUGAUCGAUUCGGCGCACGAUAGCGCGGAGGAGACGGUGGAGGCUGCGGUGCGCCUGGCGGAGCAGUUGAUCGGGAGGAAUUGGGAUGGGGAGGUGUACGCCGAUAUAAGGAAGUCUUCGUUUCCGGAGUUGUGUGAGGUUUUAGGAUUGAUCGAUAAAGCCAAAGCUUCCUCGAAGCUCUGAAAUUUACUCUCAUGAGUUACUCGGAGCAGAGGUGAUCGGAUCGAGGCAAGCGGCGCCGUCAUCAUAACAGUUUUCUUUGGGAAUUUGUGAUAAAACCGUGAUAAGGACAUUCACUUUGGCUCGAUUCUUCUUCCAGUUCUUCAAUAAUGGUAAAUUGGUAAUGGAUCUGUUAAGGGUGUUUGGUUCGGUAAAUCAAAUGGUGUAUGCAUCGGAUUUUAAUGUCUAUCUUUUGAUAGACAUUCUUCUGAAUUAUGUUUCUUUUUGAAAAAUUGUUUAGUUGUCUUACGGUUAGUACAUGUUUCUCGCGGGUUGAGAUAUUGGCUUUCUUAGAGAACGUCUUUUCUCAUUCUCCUUUUAUACUAGGUGGUAAAAAUGUUACUCAAAUCUAAGUCUAAGUGUUGAGGUAAACUCAGAUUUGGAACACAUCCUUUGUAAUAUGAUCAUUCAUGGGAAGUAGGAUGCUCGCUUAUGAGGGUCAUCCUAGUGGAACCAAACAACUCCAAAAAUUAGGAAUUAUCAUUCUAAAGAAUGUCAUCCCAAAGAUUUACUGAACCAAACACCACUUUAUGUAUUGAGCAAAAGAUGCCACAUAGGCAUGCCCCUAUUAUUAGUCAUAAGUAAUUGUAGGUUUUAAUUAUCAUGCCGUGUUUUAGUGAAGGUAGAAAAUUAUUUUAAUUGAUACAGUAACAAUAGUGUUGUUUCCACCAAAAUAUAUAUAUAUAUAUAUAUAUAUAUUUCAUCAUCUUUAUUAUUUUUUUAAAUUUAUUUUCUCCUUCUCUUUCACACACGUAACAAAUGGCAUCAAAGUUAGGAAUGAGAGAAAGGGUGGAGAACUUGGAAAGCAUUGUUUGUUUACUUCAGUUGAGGCAACAGGAAAUCAUGAGGAAACUUAUCAAUAUCAUGGAAAAGCUUACCAUGAUGGCUGAGAAAACCGAAGGCAAGGGAGAAGAACAAGAGUAAGAAGAAGAAGAUGAAGAAAAAGAUGAUGAAGAAAAAGAAAAAGAUCAUGAAAAAGAAAAAAUGAAAAAAGAGAAAAAGGUGAAGGUAUCAUACAUCACUUCCUUCAAGGAAAUGCUCGUCUCUACAAGUCCUGACAUGUCAAUUCAAAUUUUUUCUAUCAAAAUAUAGGAUCCAGGAGGACAAUUAUUGUUUUUAUUUCUUUCAAUUUAUUUGUCCUUGAGGACAAUGACAUUUUUAAGGGGGAUAGAAUGUUAUGUACUGAGCAAAAGAUGCCACAUAGGCAUGCGGCAAUCUCUCUCGGGUAGUUAUCUUAUUAUUAGUCCUAAGUAAUUGUAGGUUUUAAUUAUCAUGUAGUGUUUAGUGGAGGUAUGAAGUUAUUUUAAUUAAUACAGUAAUAAUUGGUCAUCAUUGGAAGGGAAGUUAUGUAAUCAUGGAUGAGAAUGGAAGUUAUGUAACUGUGGAUGUAUGUUAUAAAUUAGUAGAAGUUUAAUAGAAAAAAAGACUUUUGAACCAAA